UCAUGUUGGAUGCACCUGUGGUAAACUUUCAGACGUCGUAUAGUGAGUACUAAGGAACUUUUCUCCAAAACUGCGCCAUUUGAGACUAAACGAAAAAUGUCGGGUCGGGCACGAGCUAGAUCACGAGGCAGAGCACGUGAGACUACGGCACCUGGAGCGAUCCAGGCUGCAGGAGAGCCUGCACCACCGGCUCCUCUACCUGCCGAGGGAGAACUGGUCGGGAGAGGGAGGCAGAAAGCUGCUCAGAUGCCCUUUUCAGCAGAAGCUGUUCUACAGAUUUCAGCUGGAUUUCAGCAGGUGAAGCUGGGAGAACGAGGUGGACACCGCCGGGACUUUAAUGAUUCGGGGAUUAACACCAGGCAGGCUAUGGAGCACGUUAAGGAAUCCAAGUCUGGAACAUCUGGUACUCCCAUUCGUUUGACGGCAAACUUCUUUCGCAUCCUGUCCCGCCCUCAGUGGGUGCUGUAUCAGUACCACGUGGACUUUAACCCACCAAUGGAGGCUCGCCGCCUGCGGUCUGCACUCCUCUUCCAGCACGAGGAAGCACUUGGCUCAGCACGGAGCUUCGAUGGAGCUCUGCUUUUUUUGCCUCUCAGAUUGCCCAACAAGGAGACUGUGCUCCACAGCGAGACGAGGAAUGGAGAGAAGGUUCAGAUAACCGUCACCCUGACAAAUGAGCUGCCGCCCACAUCGCCAGUGUGCAUUCAGUUUUACAACAUCCUAUUCAGAAGGAUCUUGAGAAUUCUCAACAUGCAGCAGAUUGGACGCAACUACUACAACCCCAAUGAUCCACUCAACAUCCCACAGCACAGGCUGACCAUCUGGCCAGGCUACACCACCACCAUUCUGCGGUACGAGUCCUCCAUCAUGCUGUGUACUGACGUGAGCCACAAGGUGCUGCGGAGUGAGACGGUCCUCGACUUCAUGAUCAACCUGAAGAACAAGUUUGGAGAUCAGCGAUUCGCUGAAAUCUGCGCUAAGGAGCUUAUUGGACUCAUAGUCCUCACAAAGUACAACAACAAGACUUACAGGAUUGAUGAUAUCGCAUGGGAUCACACUCCAAACAACACUUUCACGAGGGGAGACAAAGACAUUUCCUUCAGGGAAUACUACAGGACUCAAUAUAGCCUGGAGAUCAAAGAUAGGAAUCAGGUGCUGCUGGUGAGCCAUGUGAAGAAGAUGAUGGGGCCUUCUGGAGGUCCUCCUCCUGGCCCGGCCAUGCUCAUCCCUGAGCUGUGCUACCUUACAGGGUUGACUGACAAGAUGCGAGCUGACUUCAACAUCAUGAAGGACUUGAACCAACAUACAAGGCUGGACCCACAACAGAGGGAGGGACGCCUCAACAGUUUUGUCUCUAAUAUACAGAAGAACACUGACGCACAUGCAGAGAUGGAUAAGUGGGGACUCAACUUUGAUAAGCAACUCCUAAAUCUGACUGGCAGAGUCCUCCCAGCGGAGAGGAUUUUCCAGGGAUCAAAAUCGUAUGAGUACAACCCCUGGCAAGCUGAAUGGACCAAAGAGAUGCGUGGGGUGCCUUUGAUCAGCUCUCCUACGCUGGAAAACUGGCUCAUGUUUUACACCCGACGUAACUGCAACGAAGCCCAGUCCCUCCUGCAGAACCUCAACAGAGUCUCGGGUCCGCUUGGCAUCCGCAUGCACAGAGCGGUCAUGAUCGAGUAUGACGAUCAUCAGGAGUCUCUUCUCAGAUCCCUGCAGCACAAUGUUGGACCCCAAACACAGAUGGUGGUGGUGGUCCUCUCCAGCAGCAGGAAGGACACGUACGACAGCGUGAAGAAGUACCUUUGUGUGGACUGUCCCUGCUUCAGCCAGUGUGUGCUCUCCCGUACUCUCAGUCGACCUCAAAUGCUCAUGACUGUGUCGACCAAGAUUGCUCUGCAGAUGGCUUGCAAGAUGGGAGGAGAGCUCUGGAGUGUGGAAAUCCCUCUCAAACAGCUGAUGAUUGUGGGCAUUGACUGUUACCACGACAUCACUGCUGGCAAAAGGUCCAUUGGAGCGCUAGUGGCCAGCCUCAACCAAAGCAUGAGCAGGUGGUUUUCAAAGUGCGUGCUGCAGCACAAAGGCCAGGAGAUCAUGGACGGACUGAAGAUGGCUUUAAGUGGUGCACUGAAGGACUAUCUGAAGUUCAACAACUGCCUGCCUUCGCGCAUCAUUGUGUACCGGGAUGGGGUGGGAGACGGCCAGCUGCACAGCGUGGUCAACUACGAGGUUUCACAGAUCCUAGACUCCAUCAAGUCCAUGGGGGACGACUACAUGCCCAAGCUGACUGUGGUGGUGGUGAAGAAGCGCAUCAGCUGCAGGCUCUUCGCCCACAUCAAUGGCAAGGUGUCCAACCCUCCCCCAGGAACCAUCGUUGACUCAGAAGUCACCCGUCCAGAGUGGUACGACUUCUACAUUGUGAGCCAGGCGGUCCGCACUGGAAGCGUCUCCCCAACUCACUACAAUGUUGUGUACGACACCAGUGGACUGAAGCCUGAUCAUAUGCAGCGGCUUACCUACAAGCUGUGUCACAUGUACUACAACUGGCAGGGGAUCAUCCGGGUGCCCGCUCCCUGCCAGUACGCCCACAAGCUGGCUUUUCUUGUGGGUCAAAGCAUCCACAGGGAGCCCAGUGUGAAACUGGACGACUUCCUCUUCUACUUAUAAUAAGGAUGAAAUGGACGAGCAAAUUUGUUCGGCUCUGACUUUAAAGUUUCCUCGUGAAGAACCAUGUUCCCAUUACUUCCUCAGUUUAAAAGUAAUAUAUUUAAGUUUGUGCCCUGUGUAUUGAGUUACGCAGUUCAAGAAGUUCAUAUUACACAUUGAAGUCUAAUGACUGGAGGUCAAAGGCUAGCGACGCUAAAAUGAUCUCUACUGUAUAAAACCUCACGAGGUCAUCCAACUCAAGCCUGACAUGAGAAAUCAAAGACUACACGUCAUUGAGUUCACUGACGUCACUACAAUAUAAGUUGACGUUGGCUUCUUUCCUUUGAGUAAGAAAAAUAUCUAAGCAAAUCUUUUAUUUUACGAGCGAGUCUCCUGGUGAUUUGUAGCGCUGGCGUCAAAGUAUCACGUUUGUGUUGAUUCAUCAUGAGUCAACAUCUAGGUAUUGUUAUAAUAAACAUUUGUGUGGUAUGUCA